AUAUCGAUUACUCGCCACCUCAACAAUAACAAUCAUCUCUAGCGAAAGACGCCUACGCCGGCAAAUUCCUCCAAAUAAAUAUUUAAAAUAUAUUAUAUUCGCCUUUAUUAAAAAAACAGUGCCAUCAUGAUUGAGACUCUAUAUAGCUUGCCCUUCCACAUUCUGGUGCCGCCCAACAUCAAGGUUCGCAAAUUCAGUAUUCCCAUGCCCUCGCCAAUGGCCGUCUUCAGUGUGAUUUUACUCUCCUACUUUUUGGUAACAGGAGGUAUUAUUUACGAUGUGAUUGUGGAGCCGCCAAGCGUAGGAGCAACUGUGGACGAGCACGGACACUCACGUCCUGUGGCAUUUAUGCCCUACAGGGUGAAUGGCCAGUACAUCAUGGAAGGACUGGCCAGUAGUUUCCUCUUCACAAUUGGCGGCUUGGGAUUCAUCAUCAUGGACCAGACCCAUGCCCCUGGAAAGACUAACCUGAACCGCCUGCUGCUUACCGCAAUGGGAUUCAUUUUCAUCCUGGUCUCGUUCUUCACCACCUGGCUGUUUAUGCGCAUGAAGCUACCCAGCUACCUGCAGCCCUAGAACUUGUAUUAAAAGCCAUCAUCAGAUGCUGAUUCUCCUGUUAAAAGAGUUAAAACUCGAAAACUUGACACAAAAGCGAUCAAAUAAUAUUUUCGAAUAGUUGGGAGUAAACUCCAACUCCAACCAUCUACCACUAGAAGCCACUAAACUAAUUGGAAGUAUGGACAAAUAGAAAUCCAGAAUUAUUUAACCAUUCCCUAGUUUCAAAUAAUCAUCAAAUUAAUAAUCUUAUUAUCCACUAAUUGUAAAUGAAUGGAAAUCAUAAUAUAAUAUAAUAAUUAUAUAUAUGUAUAUAACAAUUUUAGUUUCUAAUUAUUAGAAAAUGUUAAUUAAGAAUGAGUAAUUAAUAGUUA